AUGAAAGUUCUUGUUAUUGGCGCAAGUGGUCGUACAGGCAAGCUGGUUCUCGACGAACUCCGAACCCGAGGGCAUCAGACCAGUGCACUGGUUCGUGAUCCAGGAAUACUGGAAGGGCAUAAUGUUGACAUCGUCAAAGGUACACCAAGUAACAUGUCCGACAUGAGAAAAGCCUUCAAGAAAAACAACCCAGAGGUCGUUAUUGUAACUCUGAGCGCACCCCGAGCCAGCGACAGUCCCUUUGCCGCACCGAUCUCCCCUCCACGCUUGAUGGCCGAUUGCAACGCCAAUGUAGUGAGAGCCAUGAAGGAAUUUGGCGUCUCCAAAUUGGUAAUUCUUCAGGCAUUCGGGGUUGGCGCAUCGUGGUCGAGCAUGCCCUGGGUAUUGCAAUUGCUGAUGGGCAAGUCCAACAUGAGAUACCAGUACGAGGACCACAACCAUACCGACCGUGAAGUCCGUGCGAGCGGGGUGACUUUUGUUCUCGUACGACCAUCCCGACUGGUGGAAAGCGAUGUGUUACAAGUGCGUGAAUGGCCGGAGGAUGGUAAAGGUGUCUCACUGAUGGCAAGUGCCAGUCGAAAGAGCGUUGCUCAUUUCUUGGUGAACGCGGCGACCGAGUCCAAGUGGGAUAACACGGCGCCCGUCAUCACGAAUUAG